GGAAUCGAAAGAAUCAUCAUGGAUUUCGAGAGAAUAUAUGAAUGCGAUGUCUGUCUUGAUAGUGAUUCAGUUUGUUUGUUGCCGCUAGUGGGGUACGAAAGGAUAUUAGCUGUGAAAUUAAUCAAGAGUACGAAACCGCAACUACUUUUGAUGAGAAAUUCUAUCGAGGCUUGUGAAACUUGUUUCAAUAAACUGCACUUCGUGAAACUCCAUCUGAUACGUUCACUCCUCAUCGACAAAAUGCACUUCAAACCCCUCUCUCCUACUGAACAAGAACAAACAGAAAACGAAGAAGGCCUAGAACCCAAGCCCGAAUACUAUUUUCCCAUGGAAGCCGCAAGUUUCGCGAUUCAAGACCAAGAUACAUUUCAAGGACACGACUCCAUUCAAGGUCAAGCUGGAUUUCAAGGUCAAGCGGUGUUCCAGGGUCAAGAGGCGUUUCAAGGUCAGCAUAGCGUGACGUCAGCGGAAGAACCGUGUACCAAUGACUACAACUGCAAAUGCGAGUCUUGCCAAAGCAAAUACGGCAGUUUGCCUGUGCUGCUACAUGGUAUUGAGCAAAAGUACGAAACCGAUAAGACUGAGCCCCAACCUUCAACUUCUAGUCAAAAAUCGACGAGGAGGACACUGAGUUGCGAGUAUUGCAAGAAAACGUUCACUCACAAAGGCGACUUCAAUAAACAUCUGAGGAAGCACACUAGGGAAAAGCCCUUUUCUUGCCCGGUUUGUGGGAGAAAGUUUGCGCACACUUCGAAUUUGUUGAGGCAUCAACGGUUGCAUAACGGCGACAAACCGUUUGUUUGCGAACAGUGUGAUAGAAGUUUCAGCAGGAAGGACAAGUUGGAGUGUCACAAAAGAAGUAGAAUGUGCCAAGGUACGAGCGGUUCGGGGGGAUCUCGGUGAUCUACUUUUCGUUAAUUCAAGAGUAGAAAUGGUAAAAAAAGUGACAUUAUCAUGCUCUAGAGCGACCCUGUAUUGAAUACUUAUUUCAGUUAUGCUCCAUUCUUAACAUAGUAUGGACUAGAGUUCCUAAAUGUACUUGACACUGCUGUUUUCGACGUUUUUUGUAUAUCAGAGUACGGACACUAGACAAGCAGUGACAAUCAAACAACCACAAACUAUUUUGAAGCAAAUCAUAUGUUUUGCCUGACAAGGACAAGAAUAUGUUUUUCGCUUGGAUAAAGGAUCCUCGCAUCUUCCUUCCUCCACAAGUCCUGGAAGAGUACAUCCAUAUAUCUCUGUCUUUGAUUAUUGUAUGAGAGUGCAUAGCGUCUCCUCGAGUGGGUAAAAGGGUACCUAUUAGAUAAAUUGAUUAGAAAAUUAUGUCUCCUCGAAAUAUUGAAUGAUAAGGCUAAAGGACCUCAAGUUGAUAUGUACAUAUAUAUACCGACGAAAUACAUAUACAAUUCCUAUGAAAUAAGUCUCUUAUAUGUGUAUAUACAGAGAAGUACACAAAGAACGGCCUGCACUGUAACUUUCGAAUUAUUCGAUAUAGGGUUUUGAAAAUUGGUGGGCAGCUAGUAUACCAAAUCGCUCAUUAAUUGAAGAAACAAUUUUUGUUCCAUCACUUCCUUUUUUACUGGAAACGACCCCAACUUUCGAGUUUUGAAUAAGACCCUGUAUUGUAUUCCAUAAUCGGUUAGUGAUUGUCAUAACGAAUUCAGCGAUACUAGGUUUGAUCGUUAGGGUUAUUUCAAACGAUUACGCAGAUAUUCCACGUUCUAAGUUUCCACAUGCUCAAUGAGUGUGACAGAGAGAGAUGUUUUGAUAUUGUGAAGUCACACCCAUUGAGCAUAUGGAAACUUCGAACGCAAAUAUCUUUGUGAUCGUUUGAAAUAACCCUGUCAAACUUGGUAUCGUUCAAUUCGUCAUGAUAAUCCCUGACCGAAUAUGGAAUACGAUACAGGUUGUCCCAUUUAAAAAUCAAAAGUUGGGGUCGUUUCCGGUAAAACCGGAAGUGAUAGAGGAAGAAUUGUUUCAUCAAUUAAUGAGUAAUUUGGUAGGAAUACUUGCUACCCACCAAUUUUGAAAACCCUUUCUAGAAUAAUUCAAAAGUUACAAUCCUGGCCGGUGUUUGUGCACUUCUCUGUAAAUACCAUACAGUCGAAUAUUUUUUUAUCACAAAAGUUCAGAAUGGGGUAAAAAAAACUGAUAAAUUUCAACCAAUGAAACAUACUUUCAUUCCGUAGGGAACAAUUGUACAAGAGUGGUAGGUUAUAAGUAAUUAAUAAAUGAACAAAUGAUAUGGAACAGCUGGAAACGUUAAAACAGCAGUGUCAAGUACAUUUAGGAAUUCUAGUAUGGAUGGACCACACUGUAUGAGCCAGAGAGUUCGUGAAUUUCACUGUAUGGAAACCUCGAUGGAAACCAUACCAACAAAAUAUGUAUUUUUUCUCAAACAAGAUCAUAUUUUUGUAAGAGGCUUGACAAUUCCUGAAUAUUGACCAGUUCAGUUCUAAUUCGAUACAUGAUGGAUAGCAAUUCUAAUAGAGAAGCUCGGCUAGGAAGAAAACAAAAAAGAUUAAUCGAGAAGACCAAGCUAACCUCUAUUUAUAUUGAGGUUAAAAUGUUCUUCUCGUCUCUUCUUAUCUCUUCUGUCGCCGACAUAAUAUACCUUUUUCCAUAAUCUCACAUAAUCACAUCAGAAUAAUGAAGACAGAGUAUACAAGAAAUAAUUAGCUGAACUUCUCUAUAAUAAGUAUCUGAUAACUGUGAUAGAUGGUGAUAUGGUCAUUAAAACUUAUUUUUUCUACAAACGUCAAAAAAUGACAAGGUUCGCGCAUUGAUAACAAAUUGCGAAGUGACACUUUUUUUUUCAGUUUCCUACUGUAUCAGUCUUUUUGUCUUUAUAUAUCUUUUACAAAAUUAAAUGAAAAUAUUGAAAUUGUAUCUGCUUUUUUGUUAUUAUUUUUCUAUGGCAAUAACAUUUUUACAUUCUUCAUCUGUUCCUAAUACAUGGUCAAUUAUUUUAAAAUACAAUGAAUAUCUGCGACAUUCUCCCCUCCGUAACUUUCUAACGUUACAUAAUAUACAUUUAAAGCAAUAAUCAUUUUAUUUUUCUUAUCAUUCUUCCUUCUUGAUGUCCAUCAGGCAAAGUUUUGUGCAAGGUCUUCGGAACGUUCCUCUUUAUGUCUUGACAUCAACAACACGGACUAUAUUGUCUUUCCCUGGAUAGACUGCCUCAAUUUUCCCUUUCACCCAUGUGUUUCUGGGACUGUCACUGUCGGCGAUGAUGACGACAUCGCCUACUUUCAAUUGACGUUGUUCUUUCAGCCAUUUGCUUCGUUUGACUAGAGAUGGAAUGUAUUCUUUCAACCAUCUCUGCCAAAAUAUAUUUGCCAUCUUCUGAGCAGCUCUCCAUUUAUUCAUCAGACAAACUUCAUCACCAUCAAUUUUCACAUCUGAAUAUUCUAGCGAGUUAUUGCCAAUCAAGAAAUGGUUAGGUGUGAGAGCCUCAGCAUCUUCGGAGUCCAGUGGUACAUGUGUCAGUGGUCGGCUGUUGAUUAUCAUUUCAAUUUCGGCGAAAAACGUUCUGAGUACAUACUCUUGAGGAAAUUUUUCUUUCAGUACUUCAUAUAAGUUCUUCUUCACCAUCUGAAUCAGUCUCUCCCAAGAUCCACCCAUAUGUGGACUUAGUGGUGAACAGAAGACCCAUUUGGUAUCUUUCAUGGUCAUUGUUCUGGUGAUUUCAAGUUGAUCGAAAUUAUCCAAUUUGGUCUUGAGUUCCUUUUCAGCUCCUCGGAAAUUUGUUCCAUUAUCUGAAUAUAUUUCUUUCGGAAACCCUCGUCUACAUCCAAACUGUCUAUAUACAUGUAAAAAUCCAUUUGUUGAUAAAUCAUGAGCUAUUUCUAGGUGUAUAGCUCUGGUAGUCAUACAAGAAAAUAUAACACCAUAUCUUUUCUCGUGUGAUCGUUUGACAGUAAUUUCGAUAGGGCCAAAAUAAUCCACUCCUGUUACCACUAUGUAUCAGUCUUUUUGUCUUUAUAUAUCUUUUACAAAAUUAAAUGAAAAUAUUGAAAUUGUAUCUGCUUUUUUGUUAUUAUUUUUCUAUGGCAAUAACAUUUUUACAUUCUU